UUUGUUCUUUUGUUCGAAUUUCCAUUUCUAAACAUUUUAAACUUUGUAUCACUUAAUUUUAUUCAGUAUCGAGUUACUAUUGUGGUGUAUUUAUUAAUAUCGAGAAUUAUUUGGUAUUGACGAUACAAAUUGAAUAAGGUAUGCAGUCGAGUUCGAGUCUUUUGCAAAUUCAGGAUAGUCCCAAACAACCUUCUUUACCUGAAUUGGACCAGAAGGAAACAGAAUUUUUCCAGUUUGUCAAGAAAGGAGACUUAAAUGAAUUAAAAGAUUUCUUGUCGAAUAAUCAAUUAGACGUAAAUUGCGUUAAUUAUCAAGGUUCUUCUGCUCUUCACAUCGCAGUCGAAAAUGAAAACGUCGAGAUGGUUCAGUUUUUACUCACCGUUCCCAACAUAGACAUAAAAGAUUGUGUUCUUCAUGCCAUACGCACAGAAAAUAUAAAAAUUAUAGAAAUAAUAUUAAAUGCUCUUAAGGAGAGAGAUUUGGAAUUCCAGCCUUACUAUAAGAGCAUAGAAUUUGAUUAUGGCAUGACACCUCUUGUACUAGCUGCUCAAAGAGGUUCUAUUGAAAUAAUUCGGCUUUUAUUAAAAAGAAGUCAUCAAAUACCCGAACCGCAUUUCCCAACAUGUAAGUGCAGAGAUUGUAAAAGUCUUGCCAAAGAUGUGAGUGCAGAUCCAACUUUACAAAGAUUAAAUAUAUACAAGGCUAUAUGUAACCCCUACUUUAUUUGUCUUACAACAAACGAUCCUAUCUUGACAGCUUUUAUACUGGAUAAACAAAUAAGAGAUUCCGCCGAACUAGAAAAAGAAUUUACGCUGGAGUAUAAUGCCUUGUCGGAAUGCGUUCGAAAUUUCGCAGUAGAUUUAUUAUCGCAAUGUCCAAAACCUAAUGAAGUAGAACGGAUUCUGCAAAUUAAAAAAGGUUUUAGCGGUUUGCAUUUGAAAUAUCCGAGAUUACAAACUGCUCUCGAUUACUCUCAGAAAGAAUUUGUGGCUCAUCCUCAUGUUCAGAAAAUAGUUAGCGCGGAGUGGAACGGUGCAUGGUUAACUUGGAUAAGAUAUUCCCUAGCUCGGAAAGUGGCUCAUGUACUGCUUAGAAUAUUUAUUUUUCCUUUCGUGUGUAUCGUUGUUAUGACAGCACCAAACACUUAUUGGGGUAAACGAUGGCGUUGUCCUCUAAACAGAUUUAUAAAUGAAUUUGUAGCAUAUUUUAUAUUCUUCGUCUUGCUUUUUACAAUGAUUGGCAUCGAUACGAAUACUUCUGAAAGAGGUCCUCCAAAUACAGGAUUGGAGAUUCCAGUUGUACUUUGGGUUACUGGAUUCGUAUGGGCUUCAAUCAGACGCCUCGUACUGUUUGGCUAUAAAAGAUUUUUUAAGAAUCUAUGGAACUGGUAUAAUCUCGUGCUGGAAUUGAUGUUAUUGAUGACCUUUAUAUUCUGGUUUAAAUCGUGGAUCGAUAUACAUCGCACGGGAGCCAAGGACGUUCCUAGGGAGCUUUGGCCACCGUAUGACUUUACUCUUAUACACGAAGCUUUAUUAAGCUGUUCGGGAGUUCUAGCUAUUGCAAAAAUGAUGUAUUUCUUCCAGCAAAGUUUUUACUUGGGUCCAAUUCAGGUUUCUUUAAAACGAAUGCUAGUCAAUAUCGCGUGGUUCUUGGUGGGUUUUUUCGUUCUUCUUAGCACCACAGCUAUUUGCAUGACAAGUUUAUAUUCACACUAUAAAGGAAUGGAACGAAAAGAAAACGGCGGGGAGAUAAUUCUUCAAGAUGCUGCUUUCACUUCCCUAUUUUCUUCAAUGAAGGCUUUAUUCUGGGCACUAUUCGGUUUAAUCGAUCUAAAUUCCGUAGAAGUGGUCGUUGGGAGUAAAAUCGGAGCUCCUUCCAACGAAGUUAAUCAUCACACUUUCACCCAGACUAUCGGGACUUUGUUAUUUGGUGGUUAUCACGUGUUAAUGAUUAUAAUUUUGAUUAAUUUGCUGAUUGCCAUUUUAACAAAUACCUUCCAAAAAGUCGUGGAUAAUGCUGAUAUGGAAUGGAAGUAUGUCAGAACCAGACAAUGUGCCACAUAUUUUUAUACUGAAGAAAUCGUCCCCAGCCCUUUCAAUUUAGCAUUGAAUUGGUACGCGGUAUGUUCUGGGAUAUAUUCAUUAAUAGAAGCGAGAAAGGUCCACGAUCGAACAAAAUUACGCCCCUUACGAAGAUAUUUGGCUUGGUUGAAAUGUUGCUAUGUGAUAAAGGAACAGGAAACUGAUGAUGAAGAAGCAAAUAAUAAGCUGAUGCAAAAACUUAUACAAAGAUAUCUACGAACAAAAGCCAAUAUUAACCAUGAUAUUCGUACCAACUCUAGUAAACUGAUAUAAAGUUUUUCUUGUAUACAUCGUUAAAAUAAAAUUUAAAAAUUAUAUGUAAA